GGCGCCGCCGAGGCGGGGGCCGCCAUCGUCCACAUUCAUGUGCGUGAUCCGGAGACCGGCAAGCCGUCCAUGGAGCUCGGCUACUACCGCGAUGUGGUCGAGCGCAUCCGUGCCAGAAACACCCAGCUGAUCCUGAACAUCACCACCGGCCCCGGGGGACGCUUCGUGCCAUCCCCGGAUGAGCCGCGGAUCGCGGCGCCGGGAACGACGCUGAUGAAUCCGGAGAAGCGGGUCGAGCAUAUCGCAAUUCUGAAGCCCGAGAUCUGCACCAUCGAUCUCAACACCAUGAAUUCCGGCAAGGAAGUGGUGAUCAAUACACCGGGCAACGCACGGCGCAUGGCCAGGGUGAUGCGGGAUGCCGGUGUCAAGCCGGAGGUGGAAUUGUUCGAUUCCGGCGACAUCGCAUUGAUGCACGACAUGUUGAAGGAUGGUUCGCUGCAGGGCCCCGUGCUGUGCUCGUUCGUGAUGGGCGUACGCUACGGCUUUCAACCCAGCCCCGAGACCGUGAUUUAUGCACGCAACAUGCUGCCGGCGGACGCGGAGUUCACCGCCAUAGGCAUCGGCCGCGCGGCGUUCACCUCGGUGGCGCAAUCCUAUCUGGCGGGCGGCCAUGUGCGCGUCGGCCUGGAGGAUGCGGUCUAUUUGUCGCGGGGUGAGCUUGCGCCAUCCAAUGCCGCAAUGGUGGAAAAGGCACGCCGCAUGGUGGAAGAUCUGGGAGGCCAGAUUGCAACGCCGCGCGAAGCGCGUGAUAUGUUGCGGGCGCAAAAGCGCCAUCCGUACCGGCCGGCGCACAUUCACUUUCUCGGCUUCAAGCCGGGAUUCAAGACGCUGAUCACCCAGGUUUUCGUCGAUGACGACGAGCAUCUGGAAACCGACGUAGUGUUCGGCGUCACACGGCAUCUUGUCGGCGAUUAUCGGCGCCACGACAGCGGCGCGCCCCCGGCGCCCGGCGUGUCGGCCCCAUGGUACACUCUCGACUACACCUUCGUGAUGGAAGCGGGCGAAGCCAAGCUUCCUGUUCCUCCAAUCAACGCGCGUCAGUUCGCGGAGAAUGGCGCCCGUGUGGUCAUUACGCACCGUGACGACGGUGAUAAAGCGGUGAAGGCCAAGGCGCUGAUCGAUCAGUUGCCGGGGGGCGGGCAUGCGGCGUUUCCCGCCGACGUCGCCGACACCGCGACGUUGAUCACGCUGCGUGAUGCGAUCACCGCCCAAUAUGGCCGGCUGGAUGUGCUGGUGAAUUCCGCAGGCUUCACCAAGGCGGUGCCCCAUGCCGACCUCGAUGCGCUGGACGAUGAUUUCAUCGACCGGAUGUUCCAGGUGAAUUGGCGUGGCCAGUUCGCCGCGAUCCGGACCUUUGCGCCGCUGCUGAAGGCCUCAGGCGACGGCUUGAUCGUGUCGGUGUCGUCGAUCGCCGGCAUUAGCGGCAGUGGGUCGUCGAUUGUCUACGGUGCAACCAAGGCCGGCAUCGAUGUGAUGACGAAAUCGCUGGCGCGGGUAUUGGCGCCGCAGGUGCGUGUGCUCGGCGUAUCGCCCGGUGCGGUGGACACCAAUUUCGUCCCGGGACGCGGCGCCGAAUUCAAUGCCAAGGCGGCUGCGACAAUUCCCUUGAAACGCGUUGCGACUGCGGACGACGUGGCCGCUGCCAUCGUCGCCUGCGCGACCCAUCUCGCUUAUUCGACCGGCUCGACGAUCAUCGUCGAUGGCGGUCGGUUCGAUUCCUGCCGCAUUGCGCCCAACGAAGCGCGAGCUCUCAAGAACAAGACCAACAAGCCGGUCAUCGUCCUGCCUGUCUCUUAUACACAUCUAGAUGUGUAUAAGAGACAGGGAUCGAUCAAGCUGAAGGGCAGUCCGGUGACCGGGCCCGGGCCUGAUCGCAUGAUGGUGUUCCAGGAAUUCGACCAGCUGUUUCCCUGGAAGACCGUGCUCGCCAAUGUCGCAUUCCCGAUGCGCGAGAACGGCGUCUCCAAGGCGGAGGCGGAUGCGCGUGCACGCGACGCCAUCGCCAAGGUCAACCUGACGAAGUUCACCGACGUGUUUCCGCACAUGCUGUCCGGCGGCAUGAAGCAGCGCGUCGCUAUCGCCCGGGCCAUGGCCAUGAAGCCCGACGUGCUGCUGAUGGACGAGCCCUAUGCGGCGCUCGACGCGCUGACGCGGCGCAAGAUGCAGGAAGAGUUGCUGCAGUUGUGGGACGAUAUUCGCUUCACGCUGGUGUUCGUGACCCACUCGAUCGAGGAAGCAGUCAUCGUCGGCUCGCGGGUCGUUGUGUUGUCGCCGCACCCGGGCCAGGUGCGUGCGGAGCUGAACUGCCACCAUCUCGGCGUCGCGCAGCAGGAUGGCGCCGAAUUCCAGAUGCUGACGCGGCGGAUUGCUGCGAUGCUGUUCGAAGACAAGACCGUUGGGCAGUGAGGGUGGUGACGAUGACCGAGGUGAUCCUGAAACUCACGCCCCCGAUUCGUUCCGAGCAUGAAUAUGCCGUGUCGGCCCCGGUC